AUGAGAGGAUCACGACCCUCCCUAGCCUCAGUGGCUAUGGGUUGGGACAGGGUUCCAUGCAGACUAAACAGCAGAGGGGUGCUCCUUUGGGACUUCUUUCACCAUAACAUGUGGUAUGUUGUGAAAUGGUCUGAGGAAGAAAAAGAAAAAGCCAGACGAAUACACAUUCUAUUAGAAGAGCAAGGCAAAUAUGACAUAGACGCCUGUAAAUACUGAGACAGGUUUUAUGAGAUGCACCAGGACAAGUUCUUUAAAGAUCGCAAGUGGCUGUUCUUGGAGUUCCGAGAGCUUCUUUCUUUAGGGCCAGAGAGCAGUGCUACUGAGGAAAGACAGUGUGGGCUGCGGGCCCCAUGCCCAGAGCCUGGUGUGUCCUGCAGGGACACAGAGAUGGGGCAGCAUGCAUCCACUCACCAGCACAUAGAUCCACAGACAAGUGAUUGCCAACAGUCCUGUAACCAAGAUGGGAGUGACACUGCAGUGGCUGCAAGGCAGACCAGCUCUUUCCCAGGCGAACAUGCAACUUUCAGGAUCUUAGAAUGUCAUUUGUCAUAUGUUGUAUGUGGGGCUGGUAACAGUGUGUUUCCUAUUGUCAGCUCUAUUAAGUACAACAUUAUACAUAUUUUAUCCAGUCUAAAUUACGUAUUUUAUACACUCUGAUCAGAAAAAUGUAUUGAUGCAUGAUGUCAAACUGAGUCUGUGGGGUUAAAUGGUUGUCUUUUCUUACUCAUUUACGAAUAAGUUUGUCUUUGUUGUUGGCAAAUGUUUUGAUAUUGCAGACCACCUGUGCUAAAGCAUGAUGUCAUCUUACAUAGAAUAUUUUGUCCAGAGGGCUUGGCAAGCCUAGGGGAGGAAAAUAAUGAGGAUGAAGUGUUUAACCUUGACCUGCAUGCAUAAUCCUAUGAAUGACUCUUGAAUUAUAUGGAGUGUAUGUAAUCUGAUAGCAAAUAUAUUAGUCCCUCAGUCUAUCUGCCUGGUGUGUGA